AUGUUCAAAAGACCACCUUACUCGAAUGAGGACUCGAAUGAGGAUCAUUCGGCCUGGAUGCCGCGACGUCAAACCCCGGGAAGCGACGCCAAGUGGCCAACCCUACUUCUGGAAGUCGCUUUCUCUGAGGCACUCCCCCGUCUCCUCAUUGUCGCCAAAUGGUGGUUCGCCAGCUCGGAAGGCCAGGUGAAGAUCGGAGUGAUCAUGUGUAUUCGCCGAACUCAGCCCUGGAUUGUGGUCGAGAAGUGGAAGCUUCAGCGCAAGCCCCGGCCUUCACAUGCUGCCCUUAAAGAGUCUACCAAAGCCACCUACCAGGCCGGCAACCAGGACAUUGAGGAGGAUAUGGAAGGCACUGGCAACGAUGACCAAAAGGUACCGGCGAAGAGCCAAGAGAUCGUCAUCACUCCGGGACCUAACACCACCAUAACGACCAUCGGGAAACCAUUCCCCUGA